ACCUUCAGUUGUAUUGAGGCGCUGGCGAGGGAGGCAGCACCUUGGGUGAUUUUCGUGUCUUUUCGAGGGAAUUACAUUUAUUAAAGCGCCCCCUUUUCUUCCACGAUGAAGCAGCUGUCGUUAUUGGUGUUGUGUGGUGUCGUUGGCGUUUGUCUGGGUGCUGGAGGUGCAGUGUCUGGGAGUUCAGGUGCAGGAGUAGGUUCAGUGACAGAGACGGAAGGAACUCGCAUACUACACGAGGAAACUCCCCUGUCUCUAACCUGCACCGAGAACCUCACAAAUGUAGACACUGUUUGGACCAAAGAUGGAGAGACAGUCACUGAGAAUGACCACAUAAAGCUUUUCAAGAACACCACCCUCUACAUUGCUUCUCCUUCUGUGAGUGAUCUUGGAGAGUACACUUGUGAACACGACCAAGACGAGGCUAAAGUCUUCAAUGUUGUUCAACUGAAGCUCCACAAGGAACUCCCAAAGUCCACCACAGUUUUGGAGAAUGACAAGUUGGCUCUUUCCUGUCAGGUUGAAGGCAACCCACCCCCUACUGUCCAGUGGCUAAAGAAUGGUGAACUCAUGGAAGACUCCAUCAACUCCACCAGACUUGUUUUCUCUGAGAACGAGCACAAAAUCCCCAAUGCCAGUCUGCUGAUCAAACCCAUCCUCAAGUCAGAUAUUGGAAAUUACAUUUGCCUGAUUAAGCAGUAUUCUCUUCAGCUGAACACCACCACAGAAGUGCGUGUGAAAGACAUCUAUGCUGCCCUGUGGCCAUUCCUUGCCAUUGUUGCCGAGGUGAUUAUCCUGUGCAUCAUUAUUUUCAUCUACGAGAAACGCCGCAUCAAGGCCAACUUCGAUGAUUCCGACUCAGAUCCUGCCCCAGACCAGAAAAGUGUUGCCGACCACAACAAAGAUGCCGAAGUUCGCCAGAGGAAGUAGACUGUGAUGUGGUGAUAUUCUUAUCACUGAAGGAUGUGGUGUUUAGGGAGGAAAAUAAGUUUGUGAUAUUUUUAGUAGUUGAAGGUGCCAUAAAAAAAAGGGGGGGAGGGGGGACUUCAUAAAUGGAAAUUGACAGAUUUUAUAAUUUUAUGAUCUCUAUUUUACACCUUUUCCAUUAUUGGACUGGAUACCCAAGAAAGCCUUUAGUAACAUUUGGGCAAUCCUUUUUGGCUUUGUUAUAUUAGAAUAUUUAUAUGGAAAGAUAUAUAUUACUUUGUUUUUGGUUCUUUUUUUGUUUCUGGCAACAUCUUACUUAUUUUCCACAAAAUAAAAAAAUUAUAAAUAAACAUCUCUAAAAACAAAGUUGGAAAUCACACAGUUGCAGUCCUCCAGGUACCUUGUACAGAGCAAAAAGGACAAUCUGGUAAUGAAGUCAUGAAAUGUGGCAAACACUCCAGAUAGCGUGUAUAUUGUUGCAUGUUGAGAGGAUUUCUGCAAUGUGUGGAAAGUGGAUGUGAAACUGGAAUGACUUGAUUUUUUAAAAAAUUGAUAUGUGACUGGAUAUUUAUACUUAUAGAUGUGAGGUUGUGGUUGUGGAUGAUAUUUUGAUUAUAUAUAUAUAUAUAUAUAUAUAUAUAUAUAUAUAUAUAUAUAUAUAUAUAUAUAUAUAUAUAUAUAUAUAUAUAUAUGGUAUAUCAAGUAAAUAUUCGCAUAUUUUAUCAUGGCUAUUGAAAUAUAUUCCACCCCAUAUAUUGUGUAGAAAGCAAGGUAUCAUAUUUUAUGUUGAGUUAUGAAUAUAUACAGGGAAAGUUGAAGUGCCAGUUGCUCUGUAGAUGCUUUGUCAAUAUAAUAUUACUUUGUGUAAUGGAGUAUUAGAUUUUCUUUCAGUGUCUUUCAUAUUUUGUUUAAAAAUAUACUGAGUGUCAGUAAUAAACUUCCCCUUUGGUAUAUUGAACGUGUUGUGAGAGAUUUCAUACUCAUUUGGACUGCCUGGAAUAAGGAUAAAAGUUAUAUUUUUAACAUCUUUCUUAGUUUUUAUAGUGUCAGUAUGUGAUGCUUAUAUGUCCUCUCUCAGUCCAAAAUAUAUAUAAUGUUUUGAAACUGAAAUAGCAGUGUUGUAUGAGUGGAUUUUCUACCUUUGAAUGGAGUACAUGGAAAUGAACUUUUGUGGAUAUGCAGUUUUAAUGCAUUUCCUUUUCUAUUCUUUCUUUUUUAUUUUCUCCGCAAAGGCAGUCCCUAUAUAAUGGAACAGAUGUGCAGUUUUUUUUUUAAAUAUUUAUGAUGCUAUUAUGUUUAAAUUUAAGACUAGUAUGUUGAUGCUUCAUAGAAUUAUUUCCUUCCAAAAAAAAGUAUGUAUUAACUUUCUCUUUUAUUCCACAAAAUAGAUAAUUCAUGAGAAGAGUCUUUGAAAGGUAUAGGUACUCGUAUAUAUUUCACAUUCACUCCUAAGAAUGUAGUAGUAGUAAAGCACUAUUAUCAGGAAGCAGCAAUAACAAGGAGAAAGUAUCUCCCAAAAAAUAGCAUUUGUCAUGGAAAUCUUCCUCUCUUUUACCUUAACAGCAGUUGGUAACAAGUCAUGAAUGGAUUUAAGUUUUAUUAGGAACUAAUAAACUUUUGUUCAAGUUUAGUCUAAUUCAGUUUCUGCUUGCUACUGGGUUUUAUUUAUCAGUAUGCAUUUGAUUAUAAUUGAAAGGUUUGAGAAGACUGUGUGGCCAUAAUUUAUCUUGAAAGGAAGCCUUAUUUGCUUUUUUUUUUUUUUUUUUUUUUCUUUUUUUUAUGUAAAAGUGGGGAAAAUUCAGGGAAGUGAGAAUGUAUGUUCUCUCACAAAAUGGCUGUGACUACAGCUAGGAAUUGGUGUAGACCUACCCGUUUUCCAUAUAUCACAUUUUGUUUUGCCUUGUAUGUAUAUAAUAUAUAUUUAUAUAUAUAUAUUGGUAAUAGAUGUAAGUUUAUGGUAUAUAAUUGACAUACAUGUAUUUACUUGUCUGGUCCAGUAUUGAUUUUCAGUUGUAGAAUCCGUAUAUUAGUCACAAAAAUUGCAAUAUUGUCAUUAGCUCAUAUGUAUACUUUCUCCUCAUGUUGAUAACCAAAAAUUGGAUAUAAUUUCAGCUUUGUAAAACUAGUUUAUACAUAUAUCAUAUGGAGUAAAAUAAAAAUAUAAACCUUAUUGGUUUUCUAACUUAAUUUAUUGAAGACAAGCCAAAUUAGGUCACAUAAAUCAAACAAUGACUAGAAAUAUCUUCCAAAGUUUGCAACAAAGGUAACAAUUUAUGCACUUCAUUCAUACUACACUACUUCGUACAUAUCAAGUGACAUAAUCUCUGCUCUAUUAGAA